CCAGCGCGGGUUUGGAGAUCACGAGCUGCCGCCAGGCUGAGAGUAGUAACCAUGUCGGGCUCUGCGGCCAGGGAUGCUGCCUUAGGCGCGGGGCCGGGGGUCUGCCGGAGGCCUUGGGCGGAGCUGCUGGCAGGAAGGGUCAAGAGGCAAAAAAAUAAUCCUGAAAGGGAACAGAAAUUAAAGGCAUCAGCUGUGCAACUCCUGAGAAGCCAUCAAGACUUGAAUAACCUUUUACUUGAGGUAGACGGUCCAUCGUGUAAAAAAUUGUGUCUCAGCGAAUUGGUUGUUUGUGAGGGUCCUGAGCCCUAUGCUGAUCAUUCUAGUUCAUUUGUAGGGUGUGUUUUGCGGGAUCAAGCCUCAAGGCUGGGGGUCCCAGUGGGAGUUCUGUCGGCCAGGGUGGUGGCCUCCAGCGUGGAGCAGAUCUGCGUGGCUCCCGCAGAGCCGGGGCGCUCUGCCAUGCUGGCCCUGGAGCAGAGGAAGAAACUGUCUUCUUUGUUGGAGACUGCUCAGCACUUACUGGCACAGGGAAUGUUCUCCCGUCUCGUCUUCUGUCAAGAAUUAUGGAGAGUGCAGAAUUCUUUGUUGCUUGAAGCUGUGUGGUGUCUUCAUGUGCAAAACGUCGUGAGCCUACAGGAGCUGGUGGAAAGCCACCCCGACGUGCGGGCCUUGGGAGCGUGGCUGGCUCUCAGGAACCUGGCUUCUGUGGCGAGGCAGAUAGAUAGAGAGUCCUGUGAGGACAGUGACAUCACCAGAGCUAUGCUUUCUAGUCUUGUACAAAUGUUUGUUCUGAGGGGAUUUCAGAAACACUCAGAUCCCAGAAGUGUGGAGCCAGAAAAGAUGCCCCAGGUCGCCCUGGAUGUGCUGCAGAGGAUGCUGACUUUUGCCCUGGAUGCUCUGGCUGCCGGUGCACAGGAUGGGUCCCCCUCGCACAAGGUGGUGACGUGCUGGUUCGGUGUGUUCAGUGGACACAUACGUGGCGACAUAACAUCCACAGAUUCUCCAAAGAGGUUUUUCAGUCAUACUCUGACUCAGAUCCUCACACACAACCCUGUGCUGAAAGCGUCUGAUGCCGUCCAGAUGCAGAGAGAGUGGAGCUUUGCGAGGACACCCCCUCUGCUUAGCACUCUGUUCCGCAGGCUCUUUGUGAUGCUGAGUCCGGAGGAGUUGGUUGGCCAUUUGCAAGACGUUUUGGAAACACAGGAGGUCAACUGGCAGCAUGUGCUGUCCUGCGUGUCCACGCUGGUUGUCUGCGUCCCAGAAGCACAGCAGCUGGUCAGCGAUUGGGUGGCCCGUCUGACAGCCCGUGCGUUCGAGAGCUACCACCUGGACAGCCUGGUUACCGCAUUCCUGAUCGUGCGCCAGGCUGCUCUGGAGGGCCCCUCUGUUUUCCCGUCCUACGCAGACUGGUUCAAGGUGAGCUACCUGGCCAGCCUUUCACCUUGGCUACUGAUCCUCAGCAGGCCUGGAGUAGGAGCCUGGGGUCUCCUCCCCGACGCUCUGUGCCAUGAGGACGCCUGGAUCUUAGAAGUGAAUGGUUGCCCCAGACGGUUUGUGUACCGUUGUCUCAUGCUCUGCUGUCUGUCUCAGGUGCAUAUCCUCCACCCACCGCUGGUUCCAAACAAGUACCGCUCCCUCCUCACGGACUACAUCACACUGGCCAAGACGCGCCUGGCUGACCUCAAGGUCUCUAUGGAAAACAUGGGGCUCUACGAGGAUGUGUCAUCAGCAGGGGACGUUCCAGAGCCCCACAGCCAAGCACCGCAGGAUGUUGAAAAGGCCAUCACAGUGUUUGAACACACAGGCAGAAUCCCGGUCACCGUCAUGGAGGCCAGCAUAUUCAGGAGGCCUUACUACCUGUCUCACUUUCUCCCUGCCCUGCUCACACCUCGAGUGCUCCCGAAAGUCCCUGAUGCCCGAGCGGCUUUUAUAGAGUCCCUGAAGAGAGCAGAGAAAAUCCCCCCAUCUCUGUACUCCGCCUACUGCCGCGCCUGUGCCGCUGCUGAAGAGAAGACUCUAGAAAAUGCAGCCCCCGGAGCAAGGGCAGAGCCCAGCUGUGCUGAGGAGGCCCUGGGACGGCUUACGGCUGCCCUGGGAGAGCUCAGAGCCUGCAUGAGAGAUCCCGAUCGAUACGAUGUGAUAUCUGCUCAGAUGGCAGUGAUUUCCGACAGACUGGGCGCUGCCUUGCGCCAUGGUAAGGACGACGCCAGCUGUGAGAUGUCAAAGGUUCGGCUCAGCUUGGUCUCUCCAAGACUCAAGCAGCAAGAACAGGAGGUGGCGGAUCUCCUGCUGACGUCUUUCUGCCAGAGCCUGAUGGCGGCCUCCAGCUUCGCGCCCCCAGAGAGGCAGGGCCCCUGGGCCACCCUGUUCACAAGGACCGUGUGUGGGUGCUCACUGCUGCCGGAGGUGCUGUCCCGGCUCUGCCAGCUGCUCCACCUCCAGGGCCCAAGCCUGAGUGCCUCGCACGUGCUGGGGCUGGCCGCUCUGGCUGUCCACCUGGGCGAGUCCAGGUCCGUGCUCCCGGAGGUAGAUGUGGGUCCUCCUGCCCCUGCCGGGGGCCUUCCCUUCCCCGACCUGCUCGACAGCCUGCUGACCUGCAGGACGAGGGAGUCCUCGCUCUUCUGCCUGAAAUUUUGUACAGCGGCCAUUUCUUAUUCUUUGUGCAAAUUUUCUUCCAAGUCACGUGAUGUUUUAUGCAGUUGUUUACCUCUGGGCCUUAUAAAAAAGUUUCAGUUCCUCGUGUUCAGAUUGUUCUCAGAGACCCGAGAACCUCCCUCCCAGGAGGACACAACUGGCCUUCCCUGGAGUCCCGUGUGCCUUGCACCUGCAGACUGGCAGAGAGCCGCGCUCUUGCUGUGGAGACAAAGCGCCUUCCAAGAGCUGCUGAGGGAGAAAGACUUGCACUUAACUUACAGAGACUGGUUAUGGUUGGAACUGGAAGUUCAGCCUGAAGUUGACUUUCUUUCAGACACAGAAAGACAGGACUUCCACCAGUGGGCGAUCCGCGAGCACUACCUCCCUGCACCUGCCGCUUUGGGGGGCUGUGAUGGAGACCUGGAGGUGGCGUGCACGGUUCUCGUUGACGUGCUGAUGGACUACUGCCAGAGUUCGAGGAGUUGUGACCACUCAGAGAAUACCGAUUCGGUCCCUGGUGGCCGCACAGGGAAUCAGGAUAUUCUUUCCAGGUUGCAGGAGAUGGCUGUGGAGCUGGAGCGGGAGCAGGACGGCCGCUCCCCCUCUCGGCGGCACUUCCUCUUCCGGGUUUUCUGCACGAGGCUCCAGGCUCUGCCCGGCGGGUGGGACGUGGCCGCCAGCCUUCAGAGACAGCAGGAGCUGCUCACGUGCAAACGGCUGCUCCUCCGCCUGCCGCCGUCUGUGCUCCUGGGCAGCUUCCAGGCCGAGCCGCCCACCACCCCCCACUGCGAGGACUUCUUCCACCUGGUCAACUCUGAGCUGAGAAACUGCUGCUCCCACGGGGGUGCCCUGACACAUGACAUCACCGCCCACUUCUUCAGGGGACUGCUGCACACCUGUGUGCAGAGCGGCGACCCUGCCCUGAUGGCCAACCUGCUGCUGGCAGAGUGCCAGACCCAGUGCCCCUUGAUCCUGACUUCUGCGCUGCUGUGGUGGCCGCGGCUGGAGCCCGUGCUGCUGUGCCAGUGGAGGCGGCGCUGCCGGAGCCCGCUGCCGCGGGAGCUGCAGAGGCUGCAGGAAGCCCAGCGCUUUGCCAGGCACUUCCUGUCCCCUGAGGCAGCCUCCCCUUCACCCGACCUGGCCUGGGUCUCGGCUGCCGCCUUGCACUUCGAGAUUCAGCAAGUCAGGAAGGAAGACAUCAGGAGACAGCUGCGGAAGCUGGACUGUGCAGGAGAGGAGCUUUUGGUUUUCCUUUUUUUCUUUUCCUUGAUGGGCCUGCUGUCAUCACAUCUGACCCCAAAAGAGGCCGUCGACUCCCCGAAGGCUUUGGCGGUUUGUGCCGAGGUCCUGGCGUGUUUGCAGAGGAGGAGGAUACCCUGGCUGGCGCUCUUCCAGCUGACAGAGACUGAUGCCGGGCUGGGGCAACUCCUCCUCCGUGUGGCCCCAGGUCAGCAUGCCAGGUUGCUGCCCUUUGCCUUCUACAGUCUCCUCUCCUACUUUGACAAGGACGCUGCUGUCAGAGAGGAGGCCUUCCUGCGGGUCGCUGUCGACAUGUACCUGCAGCUGAUCCAGCUCUUUGUGGCCGGGGAGACCAGUGCGGUCUUGCUUCGGGCCAGCAGGAACCCAGAGCUCCAGGGCCACCUCCAGGGCAACCCUGUGGAACUGAUCACAGAAGCACGUCUUUUUCUGCUGCAGUUAAUACCUCGGUGCCCGAAAAAGAGCUUCUCAAACAUGGCAGAGCUGCUGGCUGACCGUGGGGACUACGACCCAGAAGUGAGCGCCGCCCUCCUGUGCAGGCAGCAGGCUGUGCCCGAGGACCUGUACCGGGAGCCUCACCUCUUCCGCUUGGACUCGUCACCAUGCACCAGCCCCGCCCCUUUGUAAAUAAUUUAUUACAAGCAUAACAUGGAGCUCUUGUUGCCCUAAAAGUGGAUCACAAACCACCUUGGUUGCUUCAGUGGGGAAAGGAAUAAAUUAUUUAUAAUCUGC